UAUCAUCAUUUCGGCCACAUGUGUCUGCGCUACUCUCGCUCCCCGGAAAAAAAAAUCCCAAAACUGCGUGCACCCCGCGAUGAACCCCGUUUACGUAACCCCGUUGCCAAGUGAGAUCCCCCAGUCCCCGAAAAUCCGCGAGUGACUCCCCAAAGCCGUCGUCUCGCCAAUCGAACUAAUCGAACAGUGUAAGCCCCCGACCAGUGCCUAUCGAAAAAAAAAAACGUGCCUCGUGUUCCCGCAAAACCGAACACUCCCCGAUGUACCAGAGCCCGGACAAUGCCGCCAAAGCCCCACAAGUGACACUAACCAAUCUCGUCGAAGGGUGAGUCCACCAAACAAUCUAAAGCCUGAGCGAAAAAAAUAUAUCAAAACGCCGAGUCAGCACGUUGUGCUAGCCUCGUGCCCCCCCAAGUCCCGACCAUCGCCGCAACUUCCCCGCAGCCCCAGCAAAAUCGCAGACAAAUCCCCCGAAGCCCCCCGACAGCAACAAUAACCCAACAAUCAGCCCCCAAUAACGAGAAUUAUCCAAUUAUUCACCCCGCAAAGGGGGGGCGGAUAUUUAUUAGCGGUGUGCGCACGCGGUCUGCUGCGUGGUCCCUCUCCCCCUGGAGCCAUUGCUCCCAGUACCAGACAAUCACCACGAGGAGUCGCAUCCAGCGACCCAGGGAGGUCGCACUUACUCUUUAUUUUCCGUUUUUUUCGUUAAAUUGAGGAGCCCAAUCACCCAAAAGCCCCGACUCAUCCCCAAUAAAAAUAAAACAACCAACUCGAUCAGUUGGUGGACAGCAAGCGACUGAACCCCAGUCAGUGAAAGCUCCGGAGCCCGCAGGACCAUGCGUUCGAAGCGGCCGAACUCUCCGCAAUAAUCUCGCUGUAAAAAAUGUUGUGAAAUGAUCGAGAAACUCUCGCGAUAAUUCUGAUGAUCAUCGUGGAGGGCUCGGGGCGGACGUGUCGGUGUUCGUGAGUGGUUCGAACAUAGGGCCGAAAUCGCCGUGAAAAAAGCUGAAGAAAGUCGAGAAAAAAAAUCGGGAGUUGCCAUAAGCCGACGGGUUUAACCCAACUUAUUCCCCCCGCAACCUCGUGUUACUUCAUUUUCUCCUGAAAAGUGGCAAUAUGGCGGCUAAAGUGGUAACGAGCAAUCAGGGAGGUAGCGAGGGCCACGAGUGCCCCGGUGUGUCGUACGCGAGCGUAUUAAAUCCAAAGAGUGCGAGUGAUUCACAGCAGCGGACGAUUAAGGACAAUAACAAGGAGAAUAUUGGGCAGGUGAGCGGCACGCCGCCGGCCAAUCGAGAGCGUAAGGAGACGGCGCGGGUAAAGUAUCCGAAAAAUUCGCGUCGGUACAACGCGUUCACGAAAAACGACAGGAGAUCGCACGUUUAUUCGUCACCGAGAGCUAGUCCAGGGGAUGGAGAUGGGAUUAACGAGCUGAGGGAUUUGUCCAAGGGGGGGAGUGAGCAGGAGAGACUCAAUGGGGAUGUGGGGAGUGAUGGGGAAUUUCAGACUGUGGCUCCCAAGUCCGCCAGGAGGAAGGAGAAGCUCCAGGAGAAGAGCAGGGAGCACAGGUCGCACAGGGAACGCCACAGGCAUCACGAGAGGCAUCACAAUGCACGUGGCAAGAGCGAUGGCAGCAGGGAGAGGGCCCCACACAGAGAUCGACACUCUGGGGAGCACUCGUCGCCCAAGGAGCAGAGGGACGAGGAGGAGGCGGAGGACGCACCUCCCGUUAAGUAUGUGGAGGCACCUCUGCCGGUCGUCAAUCCGUGGAAUAAGAGUGCUGGACUCGCGGCGAACAGCACCGCUGCGGCUGGGGCUGUGGAGAGGGUCAGCGAGAAGGAGAAACGGGUGCUGCAGCCGCAGCAGCAGCAGGGGAAGGCUCUUGAAAACGGCCCCGCCGCUGCUGUUCAACCGACAAUUGUGAAGGCACCAAAAGACAGAAGAAAAUAUAAUCAAAAGGCAAGUGACUUCACAGAUAUUGGAGACUGGCCGUCUCUGGGAGCUCAAGGCGAGAACAAAACGCCGGUCCCAACGGCUAAACAAAACGGUGUUGAAGAGCCUAGUAACUCUAAGGAAGGCAGUGCCGGCAGUGUGGAGAGCAAGGGGCAGGAGAAUAAAGAGCUAAAUCACUGUCAGGAUGACAGUGAUGAGCACACUGAUGCCAAUGACAAAAAAAAGAAGAUAAAUAAACAAAAAUGGGUGCCAUUGGAAAUUGACAUUGCCAAAAGUAGGGGGAAACGAGACCGUUCCCCCAAGCAUCAAAAUCACAGAGAACGAAGUAGUGAGAGUGAGGAGGUGUGGAAAGAACGGGAACACGAGAGGCCUGGAUAUGGCUUCAAGAGCGGUCGGGGAGGGAGGAGUUACAGGGGAAGAGGCGGCAGGGGCCGCGGUCCAUCGAGAGGUGGAGGGUACAGACAGAGACAGGAUGUUGAUUAUUCUGGGGACUAUGCUGGGGAUUUUUCACAGAUGAAACCGUUCAAUAAUGCUGAUCCAUCGUACAUGAUGCCCUACAUGGGCACGUUUUUCUUCAAUGCAACGAGCUAUGUUAAUCUCGACACAACGACACUGAAAGAGUACAUAAGGAAACAGAUUGAGUACUACUUCAGUGAGGAGAAUCUGUUGAGAGACUUUUUCAUGCGUCGUAAGAUGGAUGCCGAGGGCUUUCUGCCUAUCACGCUGAUAGCCUCCUUCCACCGAGUCCAAGCGCUCACGACAGAUGUUGCUUUGGUCAUUGAAUCGAUUCUGGAGUCAGACAAAUUGGAAAUGGUCAACUGUUUUAAGGUCAGAACAAGACUAGACCCGAUGAAGUGGCCGAUAGCAGUUGAAUCAGCAAAUCCCCCAUACCCCGAUUCAGAGACCUCCCAGCCCCCCAUCCCUCGUCCAGAGAUUCCAGCACCAGAAAAACCCCAAUUCUGUCCAGCUGCAACACCCCUAACCACAAUUCCAACACCACCACUACCUCGUGUCCUCCAGUCCGUCAUAGUCCCGUCCAGACUAAGUGAAUGUGAAAGUGUGUCCUCGUCCAUAGGUGAGACCCUUAAUCCCGAUGUACCAGAAUUUAUUCCCAUUAAUGUUGCGUCAAAUACUGAUCCCUCGGUUGGUAAUUCCACGAAGGAUCAAGAGUCCUCGAAUAAUAAUAUUAAAAAAACGUCUGAAUCGUCGCACAAUCGCAGUGAGAGUCAGUCCCAGGAGGCGGUCAGAGUGAUGCAGAGCGAAGCAAACGAAUUGAGCCAAAAUUCGUCAGCAUCAGCUGCAGCUCCGUCGAAGGGCCCGAGGGUUCAGGUGAAUGGAGAGGCUGAGGUGCCUGCCAAUGAUGUCUGGAAGGAAGUCAAGAGGCGGGUUAAACAGCCACCCAGGGGCAAACCUGAGGCCAAUUCCAAAAGUGAUCAGCAUAAAGAGGAGGAGCGAGAGGAACUCGACUUUCAGUUCGAUGAGGAACUCGAUACUCCUCCACCCACAGGACGACACAACGCCUUCUCAGAAUGGUCGGAGGAUGACGAUGACUACGAGCUGUCAGACGGUGACAUAAACAAACUCCUGAUCGUCACCCAGAUAGCCCCAAGCUCGCAAGUUGUCACCACCUCGCGAAUUCCAAAGCACGAGGGUCAUGAUCGCACAGGUGACUGGACAACGCGAGUGAAAAUGACCCAGGAUUUGGAGCAAGCGAUUAACGACGGUCUCUUCUACUACGAGGAGGACCUCUGGACAGAGGAUGGACAGCGAUACGGUUCGUCCUCGUCGAUAGGAAGCUACAAGACAGUGAACGUGAUAAGUCAGGCAGCAUUUGAGAAAAUGGCCCCGAAGGCCCCCAGGAAAGCGAACCCAGAGGUACCACCGCCUCCGCCAUUCUCAGAGGACAUGGAGAUCUCUUCAUCACUGCCUACACAGUCCACAAUCCCUGACAAACGCGAUCGCAAGGGCGAGAAGAGAUUGAACGAGAGACAGCGUGGUGCCUGCAGAAGAAGGGGAGGCGCUGUUCCCAGGUUCUUCGCUGUUGUUAAGGACGAACCAGCGGUCGAUCCUAGGACACCACGCAAACGAAAAACUCGACACAGCAAUAAUCCCCCUGUGGAGCACCACGUGGGCUGGAUCAUGGAUGUCAGAGAGCACAGACCCAGAACUUACUCCACUGGGAGCAGUGCUGGUACGAGCCCCAAUGAGGGAUAUCUCGCCAGCAGUUACGGGAGCCAGCCCUCCUCGUUACCCACCUUCCAACAUCCCAGUCAUGCUUUGUUGAAGGAGAAUGGGUUCACGCAGCAAGUGUAUCACAAGUACCAUUCGAGGUGUCUAAAAGAGCGAAAGAGAUUGGGUAUUGGCCAAUCCCAGGAGAUGAACACGUUGUUCCGCUUCUGGUCUUUCUUCCUGAGAGAGAAUUUCAAUCGCACCAUGUACGAGGAAUUCAGAACUAUCGCCAAGGAGGACGCUGUUGAGGGCUAUCGUUAUGGCCUCGAGUGUCUCUUCCGCUACUACAGCUAUGGUCUUGAGAGAAAAUUCCGACCACAGUUGUACAAAGACUUUCAGUACGAGACAAUCGUCGAUUAUGAGAAUGGUCAAUUGUAUGGAUUAGAAAAAUUCUGGGCUUUCCUGAAGUACUACAAGAAUUCUGAUAAGUUACACGUGGAGCCAAAACUUGAGGAAUAUCUCUCGAAAUUCAAAAAUAUUGAGGACUUCCGAGUUGUUGAGCCCCAAAUAAACGAGAUGCUCCAGGGUUUCGGUAGCAACCUGCGUCCCGUCGCCAACAAGCGAAGGAAUCGUAGUGUCUCUGAAAGUGGCGGUGAAGCCUCUCCAACGAGUAGAGUACGUCGUCUCUCGGGUGGUUCAUCCACAGUGACUCUCCCCACCUCUGGCGCAGCCCCAGCCCCUGGCCUCCAGAAGCAAUCGUCGGCCUCAGUGAACCUCGCUCAAUAUCGCAAUCGCACAGGCUCUUUCGGCUCCGGCAGACUUGGUCAUUCCAACGCAAAACGUCGCAAUGACUCGGCCUCAUCCAGCAGUCGUGAUCUCAGUAAACAGCAGUCCAGAAGCAGGCACAACUCAGGCUCGUUCACAAAGCCCCAGGAGGUGCCUAAAUCUACGACCAGCAAAGAAUCCCAAAAAUGAAAGGAGGGGAGAACCUCCUGGUUCUUGGCUGCGUUUAAAUCUCCUCAGAUGAAUGCAUAAAUAUAUAUCACAUAUAUAUUUUUAACUGAAAUAACUUUAUGCUUGGAAUCGGCAGAAAAGUAAGUCAAUGAGGCUGAAUGAAUGCUUAAUAACGUCUGUGAAACACAGCAGAACGAAACUGAAAAUUGUCUUGGUUCAAUCAAGCACAAAUUUUUUCACAACUAGAAAGUGCGACUUGUUUUUAUCCAAGACGCACACUGAUAAAUAAAGGCAGACGACAUAUUUUUACAUUUUUAACUCGAAAAAUUCAUGAGAGGAAAGAACAUUGACACUCAUCAUUACGAAAGAAGAUUGAGAAUCCUCGAGCUCAUUGGAUGAAUUCAUUGAAAACACCAGGAAUGUCUUUUUCUUCAUUUGUGAUGCCAUCUCAGCCUCGUCCAGCAGUCGCGAUCUCAGUAAACAGCAGUCCAGAAGCAGGCACAACUCAGGCUCGUUCACAAAGCCCCAGGAGGUGCCUAAAUCUACGACCAACAAAGAAUCCCAAAAAUGAAAGGAGGGGAGAACCUCCUGGUUCUUGGCUGCGUUUAAAUCUCCUCAGAUGAAUGCAUAAAUAUAUAUCACAUAUAUAUUUUUAACUGAAAUAACUUUAUGCUUGGAAUCGGCAGAAAAGUAAGUCAAUGAGGCUGAAUGAAUGCUUAAUAACGUCUGUGAAACACAGCAGAACGAAACUGAAAAUUGUCUUGGUUCAAUCAAGCACAAAUUUUUUCACAACUAGAAAGUGCGACUUGUUUUUAUCCAAGACGCACACUGAUAAAUAAAGGCAGACGACAUAUUUUUACAUUUUUAACUCGAAAAAUUCAUGAGAGGAAAGAACAUUGACACUCAUCAUUACGAGAGAAGAUUGAGAAUCCUCGAGCUCAUUUGAUGAAUUCAUUAAAAAUACCAGGGAUGUCUUUUUUUAUUUUUGAUGUCUUCCGUGUCAUGCCAUAACUGCAUAAUAACCCGCACUUUCAUCGCGAAUGAAACUGCCGAAAUGAUUCAAUCAUGUGUGUAAAAUCUUUCGAAUUGUCGAAGAUUAUGGGAGUUUUAACAAUCUCUGGUUGGGAAAAUUCUCACGGUAUUCCCGGGGAAAUUACUGACAGCUAUAAUUCACUAAUUGGCCGGUGCAAACUCGAGAUUUCUCCACGAAUAAUUGAAUAGUUAAACAAAAUCCAAAAAAUUAACAAUGACGAAGUAACUAUUGCAAUAGAAAUCAAACGAGUACGAUAAAAUGACUAUUGAAUCAUUAAAUGUCAGCUUCCAGACCAUUCCAGUGAAAUGAAAAGGACAUUAAUAAAAUUAUUGUAAUGCAUCUGCCAAUGACAGCCUAGUCACCGAGCCACAGAUUCUCCUCAGAAAUUUUCAAGAAUUUUCAAAAAAAAAUCGUCUCCAGAGAUCUCGUUAAUCUCCAUGAAUUCUUCCUCGAAGCAAUGAUUUUUUAAAAAUUGAAAUUCAGACGUGAACGAUGAGGGAUUGGAGUCUGUCGCCUCAUGAGGGCUUCACACGAAUAAGUGUAGAAAUAAUCACAUUACAAUUGGGUAAUAAAUCGAGUAACCAAUAUAUUGGAAGCUACCAUAUGAUUAGUUUUGUACAUUACAAGUUAAUGAUAGUAAUUAUGGGAGGCGUAUUAUAUAUGCAACAAAAAAAAAUAACUACGAAAUAAGUGAUAUUAAUUAACAAUUUGUUGGCUUUUUAAAUUAAUGGAUGAAUAUAUGCAAUUAUAGAUAGCUCAAAAAACACAGCGUGUCCGUUGAUUUAGACUGUUAUGUAUAUUUCUUUUUCUUUCUCUUAUCGCCUUCAUCGAAUAGACAACGAGACACGUCGCAGGCUGGUCCGCUCCGUAUGUUUUUUUUCUUUUCUUUGUUUCUCGAAUGAAUUGAUACGUAAAAUUGAGGAAAUUCAUCCAAUCAAUUUUUUAUUCUUUUAGUAUUUUUCCCUCGGUAUCUGGUGGCUUAACUCGAGUUUCGAGGGAAAUUUUUUCACUGAGGAUUACGAUUACUGAAUGAUUUUUUGACAAUUCAGUUGUCGGUUUUCUUUGGAGACAUUUCGUCGGAAUAUGCAGUUGGCGAAGUUAAUCAGAAUCAUGAUUGAGCGGACAGGAGUACAAUUUUAAUACUGCGUACCGUGGCUUAAUUUCUGUGUUCAUUAUUAACGUUCUUCUCAAAAGUGGAACAUUAUUGUUGUUUUUAGGGGGGGGGGGGACCAAUGUGGUUUUGAAAGUCCAGGGGUGGUGGAGGGAUUACAUGUGUAUAAAAACGAAGAAUGGGUCCAAUUUUUCAGCUGCGGAGGUGCUUUUUCCAAAAAUUGAAAAAAAAAGAAUAACAAUUGCAGUUAAUGAUUGUUCUCAUCUCCAUGAUGUUAAUCAGUAUAAGAAAAGUCAGGGGAUAUUGCAGAAAUAAUUACGAGGUUGAUGGAAUUGCCAGUGCGACGUUUCGCUAAAUUAUUUUAGCUUCAUCGGGCUCUGGAAAAAAAAAAAAGUCAAUAUUGUUCAUCUGUUGCACAUAACAGCAAAAAUAAGAAGUGAGAAAAUCUAGUUAAUUAUUUAAAUAAAAACGAAAUUGGCCAAUUAAAAAUUGAAAUUAAAAAAAAUAAUUUGGAAUUGUUAUUCUAAACAUUUUGAAGGAAAACAACUAAUAAUAAUCAGUUUUUUCAGUCUAAUUCUUUGUUCUUGUGCAUAUUUGAUCGAUCUUCAAAGCCUCAAGUGACUAAUAUUUUUUUAUACUAAAAAAAUGGGAAAAAAUAAAAUUCCAAUUUUUUCCAGGCAUUAAAUUACCGGGAUAAAAUCUUUGAAAUAGUCUCCUCACCAGGAUUUUUCAUGGAUUCACUUAAAUUUUGGUUUCCACGCAAUACAUUGAAGAAAAAAAUCUGAGUUUUUUAGUUCCAGUUUUUUUAUUUUUUUUUCAUGAGAAUUGCCAAAAAAAAUUUUAAAUUGUUUAUUGAUAUGUCAUGCCCUUCAAUUUACAUCACACUACCAUAUUAUCGUCUCUAUCAUUUCAGACUAAAAAAAUCUAAAAAAUCAAAAAAUUGGAAUUUUCAAAAAAGCUCGCAUUUUAUUUUCGUCGACUAUUUUGCAGACUUUACGCUUUACAGCCACACGUCUACAAUGAAAAAACCUAGAACUCGAUUUUUCUCAUUUUUUAGUAGAAAAAAAUCCCCUGAACUUUCAAAUCAAACGUCACGCUCUCCCCUUAAGGGGUAACAGAAGGCUAGCGCAUCCUCGAAAUUGUCAAACAGAUUUCCUGCUCAAAGUUAUUAACAUCUCUCUAACCCAAACCAAAUUUGACCCUCACCAUCGUCUCCUGGAGAUGAAAAUGCCUCGGUCUCCAAAAAUUCGACAGCUUUACCAGGAAAUACCAGCGGCAUUCUGUUACCCCUUGAUGAAAAAUCACUCCCUCGUCGUAUCAAUGAGAAGGUGGAAUGUUCCCCACCACCACAGGCUGUGUCCCUUCAUCAUCAAUUAAAUUCUGUCUGAAUAAUCAUAACAGUUUGUAGUAAUCCCCCUGGGUUUGCCUGGUUCAACAAUGAAAUCACAUUACAUGUACGAUUAUUACGAAAAAUGAAUAUGAUUUAUUGAAAUUGUUUAUUUAGAGAUAGAUAUUGGUAUCACCUAGAGUUAAGUUUAAUCGUAAGAUUUUUUUCUUUCUCUUUGUGGGAGUUUAAUUGGCUCCGGUGUAAUUAUUUUAUUAUUAUUUUGAUCAUAUUACGUAUGAAUAACUUUAAGCACAAUGAUUAUUUUUCUUUCGUCGGUUAACUGGAGGCGAAUGGCUAAAUAUCCUUUUACAGAUCAUUAGACCAUGUUUUUUUCGUGACGAAUAACUACUGCUUCAGUCAUUUUUUCUCCUGUGGAGUUUGGUUAGACACAAUUGCACUAGAAGAAAAAUCCUUGCAAGUGAAAACAUGUAAAAAUAUAAAUACAGUUUGGAUAUAUCAUUACUUAUACCAUUGUUACUUAUACUUUGUACGAUUCUAUCAUAUCCUUGAUUUACUUUUUAAAUUUAAGUCUUCAUCUCGCGUUUAUGUAAAUGGGUGGGUGGGGAUCGUUGGAGACAACAACGACCCAAAAAUGUAUAGAGAAAAUAAUAAUUACGUAGAUAUUUAGUGUGAA